CGCGUCAAAAUGGCGGGUAAGGAUUUAGCUCUUCAACUUUUUUGGUCUUGAAAGUUGUAUAUGAGAAAAAUAAUUGUUUCAGUUGUGUUCACAAGAAGACUGAAGAAAUAUUUUGAUCAAGGAACAUAACAAUAGGAAGAUCAAGAAGGAGCUUACUAGCCGGAAGACAAAAUGGACCGUACUCUUGAGGCCAUGGUGUCUUCGGGCAUGUACGUCAAUCCACUACGAGGCAGCUUCAGUCUCCCAAGUCUGGCAGAUGGCAGCGAAGCAAUCAGUGAGGCAGAAGAAAUCCACGAAGUUAAGACACUGCUGGAGAAAGGUGACAAGGCUAUGAGUGUUAAGGAUUACGAAGAAGCUAUUCUGUACUAUGAUGAAGCCCUGGAGAUCGACAGCCGUAAUACAGACGUGAUGCACGCUCGGUCCCUCGUCUACUUGGAGAUGGGCCAACUGAAACAAGCAGAGGAGGAUGCUGACACUAUUAUUAGUCUGAGUCCUCGCAACUCACAGGGUUAUUCCCUAUUCGGACUUACACUGCAACGGCAAAACAGGAACGCGGAAGCCCUUGAUGCUUUCCUCACUUCUCUUGACCUUGAACCUGAUAAUGCAGACAUUCUGACCAGUCACAUUGUUUCUGUAGCUGCAGAAUUGUGCAGGAUGUCAGACGAGUUCACAGAGAGCUUAAAUGAAAUGGAUGCUUACAAGAAACUAAGUGAAGUUGGUGUGUAUCUGUUCCAGAACAAAAAGUUUUCUCUGUGUAUUAAGAUCCUCGAAGCGGCCCAGAAGUUCCAGACCAACCAGAAAGGCAUCACGAUGCGGAUUCUGCUCACCAUGGCCAAUGCGCACACGAUGCUGCAACACAAGGACCAGGCCAUCAGUCUGUACCUGGAGUGUCUCACCAUGGCCGUGGCCACUCACGACCAGCUCUACCAGACGAAAUCCCUCGUGAACAUCGCAACGCUGUACCUGGAAAACAGCGACACCCAUCUGGCCAUCAUCUACUAUGAGAAGCUGCUCCACCUCAAGGUCGAGCUGUUGGAGGAGGUUGGAAGUGAUGACAGUCUUCCCGACUUCUGGACCAGGGAGCUCCAGUGUGGACUCCACCUUAAUCUGAGUAUCGCAUACAAACAGAUAGGAAAUAUGUCCUCGGCUGUGCUGCAUGCUAGAAAAUACAUACGGUUUAUUGAGAAGUAUGACAUGAAGGGAAAGUCUAGAGCAGACUCUUAUCACAAUACCGGAAUGCUGAACGAAAUUCUCGGCAAAUACGAUGAAGCGUUAGAGGACUAUACUAAAUACCUGAACAUCUCCAAACAGAACUCUGAGAAGAAAGGCAUCUCUCAAGCCUACGGUUGCCUGGGCAGUGUUUAUGCUGCUUUGCACAACUGGCCGAUAUCCAUUACCUACCAUGAACAGUACAUUCGAAUGGCAGAAAAAAGCAAGCACAAAAAGAUGUUACCCAUAGCACAUGAAAUGCUGGCCGAUUCCUACAUGCUGAUGGAGAACUAUGAUUUGGCUAUAGAACACUACGAUCUGAUGAUCGACACCAACGUCCGCGGUGAUUACAGAACACGAGCUACCGGAUUGUGUAAACUUGGCAGUGCUUACCGAGCCCUUGAUAAGUACCAGUACAGUCAGUACUUUUAUACCCAGGCUUGUGACAUGUCUGAAGAUUUCGGCCUCUCCGAUAUCCAGACUCUGGCCGAGUACAACCUGGCUAGCAUUCAGCAGUAUUCAACCCAGAUACAAGACAUCGAACAUGCACGGAAGUACUUCGAAAAACUGAUUCCUUAUUUUGAAUCCAAACUGCAAGAACACAAGGAGGAGGACACCCACUGUCCAUCUGAGUACGAGAAACAGCUGCUUAACUGUUACGAUGGGAUACAGAUGGUUCUUGGCAAACUGGGGGUCAAGGAUGAAUGUCUGCAGUAUGCCGAGGCCUACAGGAGGAGGUGUGUGACUCAGCUACCAAACUUCUCACCCACUCCGGGUCAGGGCAUGGCCAUUUCUGGAAUGGUGUCCGAUGUGUGGACAGUUAACCGGAUGAACCGUGCCUUGAGUCAGCAGAAUGCAACAGUGUUAUACUACUCCCUGCUGGAGAAGACGUUCCUCCUGUGGGUGUUGCAGCCUGGUCUAGGACUCACCCGCUUCUACAGUGGAAGUUCAGCAAAGGACUGCUCAAUCCGGUCUAAGAUAAAACAACUUCUGCUAGAGCUUCAGAAAGACUUUGACUGGAAGAAUGCUCAGAAUCGAUGUGAAAACCGUGCUCUUCCACUGAAAGAUGGUAUCCUUUGUCACAUGCGAAGGAAGAAUGAAUCACUUUCUAAGAGAAAAACAGAGGAGAAACCUGAUUGUGAUUCUACUGCUGACAGUAGUGACACAACACCAAAGAAAUCUGCCCAGAGACAGUUGUACAACAUACUGUUAGCACCAAUUGAGGACAUCUUAAUAAAGCUAGACCACAAGAGUCACUUAGUUAUCAUUCCCGACAAGGAGUUGUGUCACUGCCCAUUUACCGUCUUGGAAGACUGGAAUCGUGCUUACGUUAGUGACAGAUUUCACGUCACUUACAUGCCUUGUUUCUUGUUACUGGACCGCGUCAUAAAAAACGAGCAGGAAUACCUGCGCACAAAAGAUCAGCUGGAAUUCGAAAGGGAAUCGUCACGAAAAGGUGGUGCGAUGAAAAUAAUUGCCCAGGAGAAGAAAGACAUUUUCUCUUCAGACAGGAUUAAUCCUUCAGAAGCCACAUUCAGUUACAUGUCCAUAGGGGGGGAUAAUGUCAACCUGAGAGCGGUAUCAAAUCCCAGAUUCGCAACUUCAGCAGUUAGUCCGUCUGUGGAAAAACAGAGAAUAUCUCCGAGGUUGAUACCCUAUAAAGAGUCUGCAUUCAAGUGUGUGGAUGGGAAGCCUCUAUCUUUGAACACCGAAAUGUCUGAUCCAGCUCAUGACCACCAUGUGCAUCAAAGACUGGACACCAUCAAGCACGCACUUGGUCAACCCGUGUCCCCUGAAAGAAUGGUGGGAGUCCACACGUUCUCAACACUGACCACUCGGACAUCGACGGGGACAGAUGUCACGAACUCCACCUUGGCAGUUACUUUGUUUCGGCAAAUCAGUGACAAGUCAAAAUGUGUGGUGUAUGGGUGUCCAGAGCUUCCUGAUAGCCUAAGCUUGCUUGGAAAACAGUGGAGUCCUCAUGGAGAACUGAAGAAUGCCCAGAGAGAGGCGCACCUUGUUGGCAACCUGCUAGAAACUGAUCCAGUCGUUGGGAAAAUGGCAACAAAGAUUCAGUUUUUGAAAGAUAUACAGCAGGCUUCCAUUCUUCACAUUGCCACACAUGGAUGCUGGAAAGAAGGCCUGUUGGUUUUCUGCCCUGAUCCUGACAAUGUACAGGAAGGGCCCCCUGAUGUGAGUUCGUACAUCGUGUCGCCUGCUGAUAUUCACAACAUUAAACUGAACGCACAGCUCGUCGUACUCAACUGCGGUUACACACCAUCACGAAAAGACAUGCUUACCUCCCUUGUUCUUCCUAGUGUCUUCCUUUCUGCAGGUGCCCAGUGUGUGUUAGUACCACAAUGGCUUGUCCCAGAUGAUGCCCUGCAGAAAUUUUUUCACCAUUUUUAUAUGGCACUCCAAAAUGGCUGCCUACUUUCUACGGCUGUGAAGACAGCAAUGCAUGAAGUUCGCCAAAGUGAAAGGUUUUCUGCUGUCUGCAACUGGUCACCGUUUGCCUUGUUUGGUAAAGAUGUGUUCGUUGAUGUGAAACAGAUUCGCCAGGCGAUGCUGGAUCAGAAGAUCGAUGCGGCCGAGGUGGAGGUGGAGGCCGAAACCUGUACCGAGUUGCUCAACCCAAGAUCUGUCAUACCUCAUAUUUCAACAAAAGAAGAAAACUUUACCAGACUUCAGGAGUUGCUCGGAGACCUAAUCCGACAUCACUUCAAGCAGCCGGCAGUCAUAGGUGGACUAAUCGACUCGCUUGAUGCAGCUCUGAAGCGACUUCACACGGAAGAGAACAACAAGCAGACGUGUUGUUUGUCGCAGGAGAUUUCCACCAGCACAGGCGGACUCGGUCUGCUCAAAAUACUUGGCUUCCACUUCCAGGCCAAGGGGGCCGAACUUUCAACCCCCUACGUCGUGUUUCCACACUGGAACAUUGACGAGAUGCUCAUCCCGGCCUACGAUGCACUGAGAGCCCUUACAGAGCUGGUGAAGAAUCGGAGCUGUAGUCAGGCAUUCUGUGACAUUGUUCCCAUCAGCCAAGAUCAUAUCUCCAUGAUGGUGGACUUGUUGAGCAUCACAAAGCAUGCCGCAGACAUCCAGCUGAAGGUCACCGACUUGUCCAUCCGACCCCUGUGGCAGAACACCCAAAUCAAGAACCUUCUUGUAGCAGCUGGUUUCCACCAAAUAGGACUCCUUCUCAACUUUAACAAGAUACCACAAAACAGACUGAUCCUGACCACUCUGCUGCAGCUGCUACUUGCCGUCAGUUUACACAAGAGUCAGAUUCUACUGUACCGUCUGGACGUCAACCUCCUCGGCAGAUCCAGUGCUUCUAAACAGAGCCUGUAUGACAGUAUGGAUCAAAUUAGGCUGCCAUCUCUGACCCCAUUGAUUCUCCCCAGAAAUCAGCUGCGCAUAAGUACACCCUGGUUGAGCACAGUCGAGAGUCUGGACGAGAUGUCAGUCAAGAUGAGAAUUGCUAAAGCAAAAUCGAACCUAGAUGAAGAUUUUGAAGAUUACUUGGAGAGAGCCAAAACGUGGCACGAGAUGACAAUUGUUGCUCAGGCAAAUGAAUCACUGGACAAAGUGGGGAGGCCCAAGACGACUCCUGCCAAGGUGAAGGUCCUUCCUGGUGGUAGCGCCUCAAGGGAUCGAAUUCCUGUCUCAAGAGAAAAUGUUCUGGAGAUCCUGGACAUAGAUCAACGUCGAGACUAUGCCAACUAUGUAUUUCAGCAACGGCUGGACAACAUCGAUAACAGACACAAAGAUGAAACCAUGAAGAUAUACUUGCCAUAUAUUAAUGCAUGAUAACUGCAUUUUGUAAACCAUUGACAUUAACAGCUUGGUUUAGUAAACAUGAGAUUUAUUUUUAUAAUAUAUUUAUUUUUAGAAUAACUGUUGUAUUAUUUCAUCAUUUCUUUAUAAAUCCAGACUAUGGCCAUCCUGUUAUUAUAAUUUUUGCAUGGAUUGGGCUGUUUGGUUUUUUACGUAAUGUACACUCUUUAUACAAGCUUUUUAUAAACCAUUAUAUAAGUUCAUGUUCAUAGAAUUUUUAUAUAUUAUCAUGGGUGGAGCAGUUUUGGUGAGCAUAAGCAUUCGGUUCUAAAGCAUAUCAAUAUUUAUAAACAGACAGUUAUUAUUCAAAUACCUACCUUUUUAUUAAUAUUUCUACACUUCACAUGAGCACUUAACCGGCCUCUAAGUAGCUACGUUUACUGCACAUGCGUCAAAAACUGUCGCAUGCAUCAGCAGUAAAUAUUGUUGACUACGUAACCUGUUUGAGUGGGUGAUAUAUUUAGUGGAAUAGCUUACAGCAAAAACUUUCCAACACAAAUUUGUUCAGUGUUUUAUCAAAACAUGUAUUUUGUUCAACAAAACAUACACUUAUAAUAAUUUAUAAACAAAUAUUUUAAGGUUGUGUCAUUUGUGUUCAACAGUAGGCUAUGUACAUUUGAAUAUACAAAAUGGAGCCCACGAGAACCAAUGUUAACAGACAACAUUUUAACAAUACGAAUAUAACAAUUAUGAUGUCUUGCAAUCAUGUUAGUUGAACAAAUGAAUGGUUAUAUUGGUAAAAUUGUUUGUUUGCAUUCUGAUUUUUAAGAAAUAUAUAAACAAAUAUCCAGAAAGAUAUUUAUGUUAAAACAUAUAAGGACCAUAUAUUUUUUGCAAGUAUCUAUAAAAAGAAUUUUACCAGCAGACGCUGUGACAAUCAUGUGACUUCAAUAAUCAGAUACCAGUACAGCUGAGAACAGACAGAAAUAGUUUUUCUUUCAAAUUAUAGUCUUUGAAAAUCAUAGAAAAAAAGGUAUUAAGAAAUGUACCAUGUUUAUGAGUGGAUAAAGUUCAAUCUUGCUUUCUUUGCUCGUUUUAACUUUAUUUUUACGCACAUUUCUGUGAAUAUGACAGACAUUUGUUUGCUUUCCACAUACAAAAGUCAAAUUCAUAAAAAAAAUGUUUAUGUACGUACUGUUGCACACAAACGACACAACCACCGAAACAGGAACCUCACCGAAACAGACAACGGAUGAUACAAUCCAUCAUAUUAUUAAAGUAUUAUAUUUUGUAUUAAUAUUUUUAAUGUGAUAACUGUACAAUUGUUAUUGCUUGUUGUGUCACAAUGAAUUAUUUUGCCUGCGUGUCCACAAUUGUUUGAAAACACCAUUGUUUUGCUUGAAGGCUUUGACCCGUAAUUCCAUAUCAGAAACUGUAAAAUAUGUUGGUCCAUUAGAGCUUUUUACUGUUAAAUUACACAUUGUGUGUACUCAAACUUCUUGCUUAACCCUUUAAUCCCUGGGAUGGGUUGUUUUUUUGUCAUCUGUACAUUUUGUUGAGGUUUCCUCGCCUAAAGAGGUCUACAGGGUUAAAAGGGUUAACAACAGUGUUAAAAGGGUUAAGUUAAGAAUUUUCACAAAUCCAGUGUUUCUGGGGGUCAUCAUGUCAGAAGUCUAUGGAGUUAAAAGGGUUAAGUUAAGAAUUAUCACAAAUCUAGUGUGUUUCUUUUAGUCAUGAUGUCAGAGGUCUAUGGAGUUAAUAGGGUUAAGUUAAGAAUCUUCACAAAUCCAGUGUUUCUUUUAGUCAUGUCAGAGGUCUACGGAGUUAAAAGGGUUAAGUUAAGAAUUAUCACAAAUCUAGUGUGUUUCUUUUAGUCAUGAUGUCAGAGGUCUACGGAGUUAAAAGGGUUAAGUUAAGAAUUAUCACAAAUCUAGUGUGUUUCUUUUAGUCAUGAUGUCAGAGGUCUACGGAGUUAAAAGGGUUAAGUUAAGAAUUAUCACAAAUC